GACGCGGGCGGCCGCCAUCUUAGGCUCCCCACGCCGCCGCCUGCGUCACGUGGGGCGGGGCCGUUGGCGGAGCGGCGGUGAGGGCUGCUGAGAGGAGAGGUGCGGGCGGAGGCUGAGGGACGGCGGGCGCGAUGGGCCAGUGCGGCAUCACCUCCUCCAAAACCGUCUUGGUCUUCCUUAAUCUUAUCUUCUGGGCAGCAGCAGGCAUACUGUGCUACGUGGGAGCCACCGUGUUCAUCACAUACGAUGACUAUGAUCACUUCUUUGAAGAUUUCUACACACUAGUUCCAGCAGUUAUUAUCAUAGCAGUGGGAACACUGCUUUUUAUUAUUGGACUCAUUGGGUGCUGUGCCACAAUUCGGGAAAGUCGCUGUGGACUUGCUAUAUUUGUGAUCAUCCUGCUUCUGGUUUUUAUCACGGAAGUUAUGGUGGUGGUUCUUGGAUACAUUUUCAGAGCAAAGGUGGAGAAAGGGGUUAAUCGCAGCAUUCGGGAAGUGUACAAUGGAUACAAUGGGACACACCCUGAUGCUGGCAGUCGUGCUAUUGACUAUGUACAGAGGCAGCUCCGCUGCUGUGGAAUCCGUAACUAUUCAGACUGGGAGAAUACUGACUGGUUCAAAGAAACCAAAAAUAACAGUGUGCCACUCAGCUGCUGCAAGGCAGCCCUCAGCAAUUGUACUGGCAGUUUGACCCACCCAACAGACCUUUAUUCUGAGGGGUGUGAGGCUCUAGUUGUAAAGAAGCUUCAAGAUAUCAUGAUGUAUGUCAUCUGGGCAGCACUAGCAUUUGCUGCUGUUCAGCUUCUGGGCAUGUUGUGUGCCUGUAUAGUGCUAUGUAGGAGGAGUCGGGAUCCUGCCUACGAACUUCUCAUCAUUGGUGGAACCUAUGCCUAGAAGAGAAUGUGAACACCCAGUUCAAUCUUAUCUCACUUGUGUGCAAGGUGAAUGGGCCAGGUCUGCUGUGACAGCUUUCUUGCCCUAAGCUUAGUCAGAGCACACCUUUCACAGAUAAGGACAACUCUACUGUACACUGGUGAUGGGCAGAACAACUCGGCUUGACACACCCCCAUCUAAUUACUUGUGACUUUUCACUGUUCUAGCCAGCUAUUCAUGUAUCUAAAUGUUUUAGUAUACUAGUAAACUUUCUAAUUCCAGAACCGUUUGCAAGUUGUGUGAUUUGGUUGGUGUGAAAGUCAAAGGAUGUGUGCCUGCUUUGGUAGAUUACCUCCAAGCAUUAACUGGCUGAUUCUUGCAUCUAGAAAAAGGAUGUUUCAAACUUUCACAACAUGGAACGUUUUUGGCCAGAGUUGUACAAAGGAAACCAACUGUAUUUAGUUUGAGAAAAAUAUUUCAAUCUUGCCCCUCACCAGUGUUACUUUAAAAAACUCCUUGAUUGAAGGCCAGUAUGCUUAUGUAUAAAACUGUAAUUAAAAAAAAAUCCCUCAAAAAACCAAAAAGACAUGACCAACAUUUUAGGAUCAUGCAACUGCAGUUUUGACCUUCACAGAUCUAAACUUUCAAACACUAGUGGUUUAAAAUACAAGCUGGCUUUUCAGGAGUAUAAUGUAUGCACUACUGUUCUUAUGAUGAAAUAUUUCAUUUUCUAUGAAGAGCGGUUUUAUGUGUUGAGUGAACUGUUAGACUGUAGAUCUUAAAUGGGUUUGGAAACAGUGUAGCCACGUAGAGUAGCAAAGUAGUAUGUGAAAGUGGAUCUCAACUGUAAAUAGUAAACCUGAUUAAAUAAAUCUCUAUAUCCUCCAUA